UGGUUUCUCGACUAGCGACUAGCGAGGGUGUGGUGUGGAUCCUCCUCUCAGUAAAAAGGGUUGGACAAUUGCGCUGAAACUGGUCUGGUGCCCAUUCGAGGUUGCCUACAGUAACAUUCUUUCUCACUUCUGAACGUCUACACCGGCGAAGUGCCCACAUACAUUUGAAGGCACUUGGGUGGCAUACAGUGCAUACAAAAACACAGGAUGUUUUUGGCUAAAAGACUCAUUGGUGGGAUUCUGGAUGUUGUGAGCAACGUCGACCCCGGCCAGUUUGUACCCUCAGACCCACCCCCUGCUCGUAGACCGCUGGCCUACGCUCAGUCUCACGAGAAUGAUGAGGAGGCAAAGUUCCGCAAGGUGUUCCAUCAGCUGGCUGGAGAUGACAUGGAGGUCAGCCCCAACGAGCUCAUGAGCAUCCUCAACAAAAUUCUAACAAAACAUGCUGACAUGAAAACAGACGGCUUCACCAUCGAGUCCUGUAGGAGCAUGGUGGCGGUCAUGGAUAGUGACAGUACUGGUAAACUGGGCUUUCACGAAUUCAAAUACCUUUGGAAUAACAUCAAGAAAUGGCAGACCAUUUACAAGCAGUAUGACAAAGAUCGCUCAGGAAUCAUAGGAGCGGAUGAACUGCCAGGUGCCUUCAAAGCUGCAGGCUUCCCCCUGAAUGACCAGAUCUUCCAGAUGAUCAUCCGCAGAUACAGCGAUGAGAACGGCAACAUGGACUUUGACAACUACAUCGGCUGCCUAGUCCGGCUUAAUGCCAUGUGCUGUGCAUUUAAGACACUCGACAAGGACAACAACGGCACCAUUAAGGUCGACAUUCAGGAGUGGUUGCAGUUGACAAUGUACUCUUAAACACCGCCUGACUCAGACAUCCCAACAUUCUCUCUGAAGCUUCUCAGUGAAACAAAGUUGUUUGAUGCACUUUCUUCACCAUCUCUUUUGUAUGUUGUCACCCUUUUGUUGUAGCCUAUUGUGCAGGCAAAUUAUACAUUACAGUAAUACUGGCAAAGGCUUGCAGGGACCAUGUUUAAACACUAGAUGGCAGCUUUGCUUCAAACCAAAGUAGAACCUCAGCAUUUAUGCUGUCAACAUUCCAAUGUUUAGACCCUUUUUUGUACAUUUCCUCUUGCCUAUUAAAAGAAAAGGAGUGUGCGCAUACAAACAAA